ACGCGCCUAGAGUGGUCACUGCGUCAGUCUGAGCUGGGCUUCCUUUUCAAAAUAAUUUCCUGACUUGCCGCGGGAGCUACAGCCGUCUCCGACUUGGUCUCUAGAGGCGGCAGCGCGCGUGCGCGCUCCCGCUGAGCCCUGGACUGAGUAGCGGCGCCCAGGGCCUGCGGAGCGAGCCUGCGUCAUCUUGGCCCUCUUCGCUUCUCUGAACCCUGCUCCUGGCCUAGGUAGGAAACAUGAGCACCAACAACUUGGGUGGGAAUGACGAGUUUGAUGAGCAGUUGCGAAUGCAAGAAUUGUAUGGAGACACCAAGGACGGUGACACCCCGAAAGAUCCCAGCGGAGAAACGGAUUCUUUCGGGCAGCAGCCGGCUGAUACCCCUUAUGAGUGGGAUCUGGACAAGAAAGCUUGGUUCCCCAAGAUCACCGAAGAUUUCAUUGCUACAUAUCAGGCUAAUUAUGGCUUCUCUAGUGAUGGUGCAUCUAGUUCUACUGCAAAUGUCCAGGACAACAAUACUAGGCCUGUAGAAGAACCACCACAAAGAAAAACCCCUGAACCCACUGAUCCUAGAAAGAAGGGAGAAAAAAGAAAGGCUGAAGCAGGAUGGUUUCAUGUUGAAGAAGAUAGAAAUACAAACGUGUAUGUGUCUGGUUUGCCUCCAGAUAUUACAGUGGAUGAAUUUAUACAGCUUAUGUCCAAAUUUGGCAUUAUUAUGAGAGAUCCUCAGACAGAAGAAUUUAAGGUCAAACUUUACAAAGAUAAUCAAGGAAAUCUGAAAGGAGAUGGGCUUUGCUGUUAUUUGAAGCGAGAAUCUGUGGAGCUUGCAUUGAAGCUUUUGGAUGAAGAUGAAAUUAGAGGCUACAAGUUACAUGUCGAGGUGGCAAAGUUUCAACUGAAGGGGGAAUAUGAUGCCUCAAAGAAGAAGAAGAAGUGCAAAGAUUAUAAGAAGAAGCUGUCUCUGCAACAAAAGCAGUUGGAUUGGAGACCUGAGAGAAGAGCCGGACCAUCCAGGAUGCGCCAUGAACGAGUUGUCAUCAUCAAAAAUAUGUUUCAUCCUAUGGAUUUUGAGGAUGAUCCAUUGGUGCUGAAUGAGAUCAGAGAAGACCUUCGAGUGGAGUGUUCAAAGUUUGGACAAAUUAGGAAGCUCCUUCUCUUUGAUAGGCAUCCAGAUGGUGUGGCCUCUGUGUCUUUUAGGGAUCCAGAGGAAGCUGAUUAUUGUAUUCAAACCCUUGAUGGGAGGUGGUUUGGUGGCCGUCAAAUCACUGCCCAAGCAUGGGAUGGGACUACAGAUUAUCAGGUAGAAGAGACCUCAAGAGAAAGGGAGGAAAGGCUGAGAGGAUGGGAGGCAUUCCUCAAUGCUCCUGAGGCAAACAGAGGCCUUCAGCGUUCAGAUUCUGUCUGUGCUCCAGAAAGAGCAGGGCCUUCUAGAAUGAGGCAUUUUUCAGCACACCCGAGCACAUCCAAAAUGAAUGCUCAAGAAGCUGCAGCUGGAAUGGCAUUUGAAGACCCUAUAGAUGAGAACAAGUUUGAAAAAACAGAAGAUGGGGGAGAAUUUGAAGAAGAUGCUUCGGGAAAAGAUGCUAAAGAAGGUGGGUCUGAAAAAGAGGUGAAAGAAGGCUUCUCCAAAAAAGAAUCUGAAGAGGGCUUCCUUGAGAGAGAUUCUGAAGGUGGUGGCCCCAAAAAAGAGUGUGAAGAGGGUAAUGCUAAAAAGGAGGUGAAAGAGAAUGGCUCAGAAAGUGGGUUUAAGAAGAGAAUCAGAAAUGAGUAUGAAGAGAAUAGCCUAGCAAAAGAGUCUCAAGAUGCUGACCCUGACAAGGAGUCUGAAGAGGACAGCCCCAAGAAGGAGUUGGAGGAGGACAACUCAGAGAGAGAAACUGACGAAGACUGCUCUGAAAAGCAGUCUGAAGAAGGCUCUGAAAAAGAAUUUGAAGAAAACGGUCUUGAUAAAGAUUUCGAUGAAGAUGGCUCUGACAAGGAGUUUCCUGAAAACCUUCUUGACAAAGAGUUAGAAGAAAAUGACACUGACAAAUCUGAACUUGAUGAAGGCUCUGAAAGGGUGUUGGAUGAGGAAGGCUCUGAGAGAGAGUUUGCUGAAGAUUCAGAUGAAAAGGAGGAAGAGGAAGGUACGUGUGAAAAGGUUUUUGACGAUGAGUCUGAUGAGAAAGAGGAUGAAGAUGAUGCAGAUGAGAAAGGGUGUGAAGAUGCUGAUGAAAAAGAGGAAGAAGAUGAUGCAGAUGAAAAGCUGUUUGAAGACUCAGAUGAAAAGGAAGAUGAAGAAGAUGCAGAUCUAAAGGAAGAUGAAGAUGUGGAUGAAAAGUUGUUCAAGGAUAACAAUUCCAAUGACGAGGAGGAGGGUUCCAAUGAGAAAUUGUUUGAUGAUUCUGAUGAGAGGGGGACUGUGGGGAAUGUGAAGGAAGAUGGGCCUCAGUCCACAGGCAGCAGCUUUGUCCUCAGUAGUGAUGACGACGAUGAUGAUAUUUAACCCCUUACACUUGCUUUUUAGGGAGAGUCCUCCAUCUCCACUUGCCUGUGCUCCGGGGUCAUUAUUAGUAGUGUUACACAAACGUGUGCAUAGUGGUAGGUUGCAUAAUGCAUUAACCGUUGGAAUUUUCAUUGUUACCUGUAUGUUCCUAAUGAUUUUAAAUACAUGUUAACUGGCUCCUCAUUUAAAAUUUCCUAGUUAAAAUGCAGGUAAACUGGAUACUUGUCCUUUUGUCCAAUUUGUUAAAUGCAUGCAAAAGAAUAUUUUUAAAAGUAUUCUAAUUGAAGUUUGUGAUACUAAAUAAUAAAAAUAAGUUGAUAAUAUGCAAAAACUGAAAA